CGGCCGGCCGGCCGGUGGAGCCAUGGACAAGCUGAAGCGGGUGCUGAGCGGCCGCGACGCGGAGGAGCCGAGCGGCCUGGCCGAGGUUAUCGACGCGACUUCGUUAGGUUGGGGCACCCGAGUGAAAGGUUUCAUUGCGUGUUUUGCCAUCGGAUGCCUGUGCUCGAUCUUGGGUAGUUGUCUGCUAUGGAUACCAAAGAAAGGGCUGGUGCUCUUUGCAGUGUUUUAUACCCUGGGGAAUAUUGCAUCUAUUGGGAGCACUAUGUUUCUUAUGGGACCAAUGAAACAACUGAAGCGGAUGUUUGAGCCCACUCGUUUGAUCGCUACUAUUGUUAUGCUGUUGUGCCUCAUACUAACACUGUGUUCUGCUUUCUGGUGGCGCAAGGCGGGACUUGCACUGCUUUUCUGUAUCUUACAGUUUUUUGCAAUGGCAUGGUACAGCAUUUCCUUCAUACCAUAUGCAAGGGAUGCUGUGAAGAAAUGUGUUUCAGUCUGCCUGUCCUAACAGGAAUACUGGAUGCCUCACAAAGUUCUAGGAAGUUCUAGAUGGAACUGUGUUGAGAUCACUGUGUUGUGUAGUUUCCUACUUCUGUUUUGAACACGUGCCUUUCAGCUGCUUGUUAGGAGCUCCUUGUGUUACACCCAGCGUCUGCAGUUGCUUGGGUUUGUAAGCAGUGGUGUCUGUGGGACAGGGGGCUUGUGAUCAAAUGAAAUUCAGCCUGACAGAAGAACUGGGCAGAGGUCCACAAUUUGUUAUGGUGAUUCUUGCAUAAAUUCAUGCAUUUGGUUUUGCAGAAGUUCCAAAGUAAUGUGUGAAGUCUGUAAAGUGAAGAGCUUAGGGUGCCAGUUCUAGAGUUGAAAACUGAUUUCUUACCAACCACUUGGGAGAUUUUUGAAUAGCUUUAUGUCACUUAAUCGUUGCACUGUUUGCCUUGGGUAAUGGAAUUAUUGGUAUUCUUUCUUUUCCUGUCUCUCUUGCAAAAUUUUAGGUUUAUGAGACAUCUGAAAGAUGUAAUUCUAAAAGCAAACAUAGUUGUGGACUAACCAUGAAAUGUUUGCAUCUUCAAUGAAGUAUUUAAUUCUCAGUCUAUACUGAUAGUCUUCCCUUAAAUUACAUGAAAGGGACAUUUUCAUCUGAAAAAACUUGUUCCUGUUGGAAAAGCACUUGUAAAAUAAGGUCCAUUGAUGUUUUCAGCUACCAGGAACCUGAGAACUUUUCCUUGCUCAUGACUGCAAGGUAGGAAGCUGAUAUUUUUCACAGGAAGUGAGAUGCUUCUUUUGUCCUCCAGCUGUAGCAUAAGAGCAAUGCAAAGGGCAUGGUAGGCAAACAAAAAAAAGAAUUUAUGUAUGUCCUUUCUCAAAAGACAAACUGUCAUAAGGUAGAAGUGGGCUGUUGUUUUUAAGCAGCCUGGGUCAGGGAGAAGAUGUUUUCCUCUGAAUUAAGUUAAAUUCCAACAUUUCUGUUUGCUUCUUUGUAAGUGGAAUCAGUUUUCUUUCUGCUAAAAUGCUUGCACAUACCAGUGAACUUCUCUGCAUGGAGGAGAAAGCACAAUGUUUUAUUGCCUGUGGUAGCAAGGAAAGUGUGAAACAAUCCUGCUGCCAGCUCCAAACAAGUGCUGAGCAGUCUGUUUCCAAAUUCCAGGGCUACUCUGCACUCUCUUUAUCUUCUGUGCUACGGAUAAUCAUUCACUCCCACAGCAUUGCAGGGGUCAGUUUAAUAUCUGAGCAGAUUCUCUGCUGUGUGAGAUCGUGUUUAACUGCUUUCCCCUUUCUUUUUACCAAACUCUCUUGCUGGAGCCAUUGUUUAAGAUGAUGGUUUCCCAGUGUACUCCAGUGGGAACUGAAGCAUCUUUUCCUCAAUCUCCUAAGAGUGUAGUUGUUUAAGAGCAUUGUGUUUGCAUGGCAAGUGUAUCCCUGACUUGAACCACAAAGAUUUUAAUGUAGUAAAAACCUAGAUCUACUUGGCUGUAAAGUCUAAGCUCACAGUGAAGGCAAAUAGCUCUAUGGCUUCCAGAAAGCUACUAAGAAAUUAAUUAAUCCAAAAUCUUAAAUCCACAUGUCCUUCUGAUAAUUUAUAAAGCUCAGUACCACCUACCUGUAAGGAUCCUCUAAAAAAAAAAUAUUAAAGAUACCCUUUUGCAGAUGGUAUGAAAGGGAGAUUUUGACAAGUGUUACUUGCCAGAAUCACUGUUGCAAAAGAAUUUAAAUGAAAAAUGCCACCUUGGAAAGAUGGCACUGAUGUUGGGAUGAAUCAGUUACGCAGAUUCAAGUGCUAUGUCCUGGCGCAUUUUUUUGUCUCCCAGGAUUUAGAUGUUAGUGUUGAAAUAAAUGUGUUGACUAUUACUCUUCUUGAAAAGAUUUGAUUAAAUGCUCAAGAGAGACUGGGAAUUAAAGAAGACUGAUCCUUGUUUUCCCUGGCUGAUCUAAGACAAGUGUCUAAACUGAUGUGUGUCUUUUU